UUGUCAUGCUUUAAAGUUGUUCAAAUAUUGAUAUUCUACAACUUUAAGAAAAAUCUAUAGCUAUCUAUAUUUAAAUUGAAGAUUAAUGCUGGAAGAAUGACUGAUCAGCUGGUUUAAAAUAAGCGUCAGCUAGCUGCCUGUGCUGCUAACUCCUUCCAAAAUGCCCAACGAAACCUCAAAGUCCAAGAAGUCAAAGCGCUCCAGAAGAGCGGCUCAGAGAGAAGCUCAGAGAGAAGCUCCAAGAGAAGCAACAAGGGAAGAUCCUGCGAGAAAUGAGCUGAUAUCCAGAUCUCUGGAAAGCGCCCAGCAGUGCCUCCUCCAGCAAGACUACGGCACGGCUUUCGUCCACUACCUUCUGGUUCUAAACCUGGCGCCAGUUUUAAAGGACUUUGCCAGGGAAUCCUUCAGAUUCACUCUCUUCAAGUGGGCCGAUGAGCUGGACUCUCUCGGACGCAUUCAGGACCUGUUUGACUCCUAUGAGCAAGCUCUAGAGUUGUAUCCGGUGGACGAGGUGAUUGUUAACAGCAUGGGAGAGCAUCUCUUCAGGAUGGGUUUCAGGGACGAGGCUGCAGCACAUUUUCACAAAGCCCUCAAGCUGCGGCCAGAUUUCCCCGAAGCCAAGGAGAACUUCUACCGUGUGGCUAACUGGUUGGUGGAGCGCUGGCAUUUCUUAAUGCUUAACGACCACGGGCGGAACCGCAAGUACCAGCUGGCCAUUCAGCGGGCGGUACAGGAGGGCUUCAGCACAGUGCUGGACAUCGGAACGGGCACAGGCAUUCUGGGGAUGUGUGCAAAGAAGGCAGGAGCCAGUGAGGUCUACGCCUGUGAGCUGUCUAAGACUAUGUACGAGCUGGGCUGUGAGGUGGUCUCGGCCAAUAACAUGGCAGAUAGCAUCAAAAUUCUACACAUGAAAUCGCUGGAGAUGGAAAUUCCCAAGGAUAUUCCAAAAAGGGUGUCCCUGGUUGUGACUGAGACUGUGGAUGCUGGGCUGCUUGGAGAGGGAAUCAUCGAGAGUUUGAUUCAUGCCUGGAAGAAUCUGCUGCUCCCGCCUCCUAAUCCCGAGGAGCCGCUGUCUACCCCUUCCCAAACGGGCCGGGUCAUUCCCGCUGGGGCGACGGUGUUCGGCAUGGCUGUGGAGUGUCAAGAGAUCCGCAGACACCACAGGCUGUGUGUGCCAGCAGUUGGAGGUCUGGAUCUGGAGGCAGUAGGGGAGAUCCGCAGUCCUGUGAGCUGCUCUGUCGAUGCAGACGAGUCGGCCGAGCCGUACACCACAGAGAGACUGAGCCGGCUGCCUGGAGGCUUCACCGCCCUCACAGAGCCCUGCAGGGUGCUGGAUAUAGACUUCAACAACGUGCAGGAGUUGGAGGGCCUGUGCUGCAGUAAGACGACUCGUCUGAGAGUGCCGGUGACUCAGGAGGGGGUUGUGGAUGCUCUGGCCGUGUGGUUCCAACUGCAUUUAGACCAGGAGAACAGCAUCUCCACCGGGCCUCAGGAGAACACCUGCUGGGAGCAGGCCAUCUAUCCAAUGCAAAGCCCAGCACACUGCAGUGUGAAGUGUGGAGAUGAGCUGCUGGUGGAAGUCUCGUGCAGGGAUGCGUACCUGAGACUGUGCUGCGUUGCCGUGGUGAGAGACGGCCAGACGUUUCACCUGGACAGCAUGGAGGAUGACGAUGGUCUAAUAUCCCAGUCCAAUCCUGAGGUGGACUUGUGCAGUGCACUGGCCAGCCUUCAGACCCGCCACGACACGCCAGCCAACAUGUUCACACUGGAGUGCUCAGAAAUCGCCCUGCUCAACAACGUUACCUAUCACAACAGCUUUCGCACGGCACUGGACAAGCUUCUGACCUCUCUCAGAGCUUCUCAGGAGACGCAGGAUCCGGAGGUCUGCUGUUCAGAGCCCCUCUACGUUCUGGACGUCUCUGAAGGGUUCUCCGUUCUCUCUCUGAUGGCGGCUCGGCUGGGGCAGGACUCCGGUACCGUCCUGCGGGCCUACAGCUCUGUGGAGAAGGAGCAGCACCAGGCUCUGCUGCAGCUCCUGGGUCAGAGUAACGGAGUGGAGGAGAGCGCAGUGGAAUUCUGGCUCAGCCAAGUGGACGACGAGUCCGCUUUGCUUCAGAGACCGGCCUCCGAGAAGCUGUGGAGCGCCAUCAUGCUGGACUGUAUUGAAACCUGUGGGCUGAUCAGGCAGAGGCUGAUGGAGAAAGCCACACUGGCGAGGUGUCUCCUGGAGGACGGAGGACGGAUCUUCCCAGAGCGUAUUAUAAUUCACGGUUUGCUGGUGGAGGCGGACACGCUGCUUCAGGAGAGUGCAGUACAGGGUACGGACCCCACCCUGGGGUUCAACAUCGCCCCCUUCAUCAACCAGUUCACUGUUCCCGUUCACGUGUUUCUGGACCUGUCCACCCUGGAAUGCACUCACCUCAGUGAUCCAGCAGAGCUGUUCACCCUCGACCUCAUGAACACAAACAACAACUACGACAGCAGAGACAUCAGGGUACGGGUCAGUGCCUCUGGCAGGGUGACUGCUAUCCCCUUCUGGUACCAGAUCUAUCUGGAUGCGGAUUUAACUGUCAGCACAUUCAGCCAGGACUCUCACUGGAAGCAGGCGGCCGUGGUCCUGCAGUGUCCCCUGGUGGUGAAUGCUGGAGACUGGGUCCGGCUCACUGUCCAGCUUCACAAGAGCAGCAUCUCUAUAACAGCUGUCCGAGAGGAGGGGGAGGAGGCUACAGCAGCAGGUAACGCCUCGGCUUAGGAGGAGCCUCUGCUAUGCCCCGCCCACUGGGAGGAGUUUGAGAUGGACUCUGUAAUGGAUCUGUAAAGAUCUGUAUUUAGUUAUUAGUGCCAUAAGAAACAGGAGUGUUCAGUUUUUCUUCAGGCUUGGUGGAGGACUGAAGUUCAGUACGGUACAAUAUGGGGAAUCUAAUGCUGUAACACAUUAAAAAAAACUUUUAUGUGUAUUUAAGCAAGUAUAUCAUGAAACUACACUGGACUGGGUGCGCUAAGCCUGAGGAGGUAAGGGUGAUGCAUGUUGCCUGUAACUUUAGUAUGUACUGUAUUGAUAUUGAUAUUCAUUUUGUAUUGCCUGUAAUUGUAACUUAAUUGUUUUUUUCUUCUGGAAUAUAUAACUGCUAAAUACAGUUUAUACAACAGA